AUGCGAGGGUUAAAGAUAAACUCGCCAGGUGAUCUGGCGUUCUGCCUGGAGAAAUUCCAAUGGCUGCUGCCCGCACUUGAGGGGGACCUGGCCGCGAUCGAGCGCGUGGCGUUCGAGUUUGUCGAGGACGAGGCUGGUAGCGCGGUGCUGUACACGGAGCCGCGGUUCAGCCCGCACCUGCUGGUGGGCGCCGGCGGCCAGGUGACGGCCCGCCAGGUGACGGAGGCGGUGCUGCGCGGCCUGGCGCGCGGUCAGCAACAGUUCGGCGUCACCGCCCGCCUCCUGCUCUGCUGCAUCAGGGGGAUGCCCGAGAACUACAUGGACACGCUGGACAUUUGCACAGAGUACCGCGACAAGGGCGUGGUGGGUAUGGACAUCGCAGGAGACGAGGCGAUGGCCGUGCCAAAGGACGGCGACGCCGCCAGCUGCAUACAGAGCUCAGCGGCAGAGUUGGCAGUGUUCCAGGAGGCGGCCCGGCGCGGGAUCCACCGCACAGUUCACGCCGGGGAGAUGGGCCCAGCCUUCAUGGUGCAGAUUGCCCUGGACGAGAUGCACGCCGAGCGGAUCGGUCACGACUACCACGUGCUGGAGGACGAGGAGCUGUAUAAACGCUGUAUCAAGGAGCGCGUCCACUUCGAGUGCUGCCCCUCCUCCAGCUAUCACGCCGGACUAGUGCCGCUCACACAAACCAAACAUCCCAUUCAAAGGUUCUGUGAGGACGGAGCCAACUUUUCAGCGAAUUUGGAUGACACAAUCAUCUUCCAGUAUUCUUUCGAGGACGAACACACCCUUUUGCGUCGUAUGGGCUUCACCGAGGCUAACUUCGCCUCCAUGAACUUUAACGCAGCUAAAGCCUGCUUCCUACCUGAAGAAGAGAAAAAGGAACUGCUGAAGACACUGCUCAAAGCUCAUGGUGUUCCCGACGUCAUGUAGCAUUACUUUACGUGUGCGUAAUUACCCAAUCUUCGGGCAACUCACAUAUUGUGAAUAGAAAAUGAAAUAAAUUUUUAACAUGGGUUUUGAACGAAACAAUUUUUCAUGCAUGCUGGGUAUGCCUUAAGUACAGCACAAACCGGGCAGUAAUAUAUAUUUUUCUAACCGUGGUAACAGUUUCCAGUUUUUGAUUAAAUGUCAGUUGAUAAAGCCAGCUUAUGUAAAUCCUUAACAAGCUGUUAUAUGCUGCCUAUAAUAGAUCUUCAUGCAUUUAUGUGCAUUUCACAAUGUCUGAGAACGAAACCCCUUGCUAUAAGUGUGCUGUUGGAUGUUAUCACAAUAAAAUACACGGUAAUGU